GCAGCAAGCAGCAACGACUGUCGGACAAAAGAUCUGUAUCCUGCAGAUGGUUGCACAAUUCCAGCGUGGCCUUCUUGCUAGCCUGCCACCACAUAGUCAGACAGCUGUGACAGGAUAUGGGAAGCGGCAGGGUGAGCUCACACUCUGACUACAUGUGUCUUUGAUAGGCCUUUGAUUGUUCCAGCCUAGAGCUGGGUUUCCUGGUUGGGAGGGUGCACCGAGGAGAGAGAGGACUCUUUCAGUGUUGCCUUAAAGGGAGACUAUCUACAUGAGAAAGGAAAAAAACACAGAUCCAGGCAAUAGAAACACGCAGGGCUGGAGACAGCGGAGGAGAGGUGCAGACAGGCCGGGGUGUGCUGCGCUGGGGGACUGCGAUGCAUAUGCUCUGUGGCACGUAUAGAUUUUAAAGGAGCCCGCGUCGCACCAGUGUGCACGUCACUGAGAGACCAGUCACAGUAGCAGUACUAAUAAAGAGAUAAUAGGUGGUGUCUGCCACCACAGCUCCCCCCCUCCCACCCUGGCAGGAUAAAACACCGGGCCUGGCAGUGGCCGACACGGAUUCGGAGACUGGAAUUUUUUUUUUUUUUAGGGGGGAUUUUAUGCAAACCAAAAUUAAAAAUCUAAAAAAUAGAAAAUGGAUAACCAGACGGGAGGUGCUUGGGGAGAGGACCCCCCGGGAAAGGGCACGGAGCUGGCCAGGAAUUCAAAAAGGAAAAACGUUGACCCCGACGACAGCAAAAACAAACCAAAGCUGAACAUUCACAUAAAAUCGUUGGCUGAUGACGUGCGUGACAGGCUAACGAGUUUCCGGAAAUCCGCUGUGAAGAAAGAGAAGCCGUUUAUACAGCAUCCCACCGACUCGCUGACGUCCGUGACGGAAUUCCCAGCCCCGCAGCAGCUCUUCGACGAACAUUCGUUAAAUCUGUCUGAGAAAGAGAUCAUGGAUCUGUUUGAAAAAAUGAUGGAAGAUAUGAAUCUGAAUGAGGACCGGAAGGCACCCCUGCGGCAGAAAGAUCUGUCCAGAAAACACGAGAUGGUCGUUCAGUACAUAUCUGCCACUGCAAAGUCGAUAACGGGGAGUAAAGCUUUGGGCGGCCUGAAGAACAAUAAGCACGAGUGCACCCUUUCCUCCCAAGAAUACGUCCAUGAACUGCGUUCCGGCAUCACCGACGACAAACUCCUGAACUGCCUGGAGUCUCUGAGGGUGUCCCUAACCAGCAAUCCGGUCAGCUGGGUCAACAACUUUGGACAUGAAGGCCUUGGGCUGCUCCUGGAUGUUCUGGAGAAACUGCUGGACAAAAAACAGCAGGAGAAAAUCGACAAGAAGAAUCAGCAUAAACUUAUCCAAUGCCUGAAGGCGUUCAUGAACAAUAAGUAUGGGCUGGAACGGAUGCUGGGAGAAGAGAGAAGCCUGCUUCUGUUGGCGAGAGCUAUUGAUCCCAGACAGGCCAAUAUGAUGACUGAGAUCUUGAAGGUUUUAUCCGCCAUUUGCAUAGUUGGGGAGGACAACAUCCUGGAUAAGCUCCUGGAAGCGAUCAGCACAGCUGCGGAAAUAAACAAUAAGGAACGUUUUGCGCUGAUUGUGGAAGGAUUGGAGAACCAUGAGGCCCUUCACGUGCAGGUCUCCUGUAUGCAGUUUAUAAAUGCUUUGUUGACCUCGCCGGAUGAUCUGGAUUUCAGGAUACAUCUGAGGAAUGAAUUCUUGAGAUGCGGAUUGAAGAACAUAUUACCUCAUCUGAAGGAAAAGGAAAAUGAAGAGCUUGAUAUUCAGUUAAAAGUAUUUGAUGAGAACAGAGAAGACGACCUCCUGGAACUCUCCCAUCGCCUCAGGGACAUCCGAGCAGAAAUGGACGACAUCAAUGAAGUUUAUCAUCUUCUCUACAAUAUGAUGAAGGACACGACGUCCGAACCUUUCCUGCUUUCCAUUCUGCAGCACUUUCUACUCAUCCGCAACGAUUAUUACAUCAGGCCACAAUACUAUAAAGUAAUUGAGGAAUGUGUUGGACAAAUUGUGUUACAAUGUGGCGGGAUGGAUCCUGACUUCAAAUACAAAGGAAGACUGGAUGUAGAUUUCACUCAUCUGGUUGACUCCUUGGUGGAUAAAGCAAAAGUUGAAGAAAGCGAACAGAAAGCGUCAGAAUUUUCCAAGAAGUACGACGAGGAGUUCACAGCAAGACAGGAGGCGCAGGCCGAGCUUCAGAAACGCGAGGAGAGAAUCAAAGAGCUGGAGACGGAAAUCCAGCAGCUGCGGACACAGGCUGUUAAACCUCCCAGUGACUCAGCACCACCUGGAGGACCUCCGCCACCGCCUCUCCCCGGCGGUAUAGCUCCAGGUCCUCCGCCACCGCCCCCACUUCCUGGAGGAUGCCCGCCUCCUCCGCCUCCACCACCCCCUGGGCUGAGACCUCCAGGAGCUCCACCCCCUCCUCCUUUCGGACUUCCACCGCCACCUUUCGGAGGUAUACGGCCUCCUGGAUUUGCUGCUGCUCCACCACCCGUAGUUUUGCCUUUUGGAAUGAAGCCAAAGAAAGUAUAUAAGCCGGAAACUACCAUGAAGAGAAUAAACUGGUCAAAGGUGGAACCACAAGAGCUGACGGAGUCCUGUUUCUGGGUUAAGGCCAAAGAAGAAAAGUUUGAACACCCAGAUCUCCUUUCAAGAUUGUGCCAGACGUUUGCCACCCACGUGAAAGUUAAGAAAGCGAUGGAAGAAGCGGAGGAGAAUAAACCGGUGCUAACGAAGAAGAAAGUGAAAGAGCUGAGAGUCCUGGACAGCAAAACAGCCCAGAACUUAUCAAUCUUCCUGGGAUCUUAUCGAAUGUCUUAUGAGGAAAUAAAGAACAUUAUUUUAGAGGUCGAUGAAGAGAAACUGUCAGAAUCCUUAAUUCAGAACCUGAUAAAGAAUCUGCCGGAGCAGAAGGAGCUGAAUUUGUUGUCGCAGCUGAAGAGCGAAUACGAAGACCUGUGUGAGCCGGAGCAAUUUGGAGUUGUGAUGAGCACUGUGAAAAUGCUCAGGUCCCGACUUAACGGUAUAUUCUUCAAGCUGACGUUUGACGAGCAGAUCAGCAACAUCAAACCGGAUAUCAUAGCGGUAACACUGGCCUGCGAGGAGCUGAAGAAGAGUGACAAGUUCAAGCGGAUGCUGGAAUUAGUAUUGCUGGUGGGGAAUUACAUGAACGCCGGCUCCAGAAACGCCCAGUCGCUGGGUUUUAAUAUCAGCUUCCUCUGCAAGAUUCGAGACACAAAGUCUUCAGACCAAAAAACCACCUUGUUACAUUUUCUUGCUGAAGUCUGUGAAGAAAGGUUCCCAGACCUCCUGAAAUUCCCUGAUGAACUUGAACAUGUGGAGAGUGCAAGCAAAGUGUCGGCACAGAAUCUGAAAGCCAGUCUGGACGCGAUGGAACAGCAGAUAAAGCGGCUGGAACGCGACAUCGAAAACUUUCCCAAAACCGACAAUCCCAAUGAUAAGUUUGUGGCGAAAAUGAAUACCUUCGCAAAGAGCGCCCGGGAACAGUACGAGAAGCUUUCCAACAUGUGCAACAAUAUGAGCAAGCUGUACGACAACUUGGGAGAAUACUUCACCUUCGAUCCCAAAGCCCUGAGCGUGGAGGAAUUCUUCGGGGAUCUCAGCAGCUUCAGGUCUCUCUUUUUGGAGGCGGUCAAAGAUAACAACAAGAGGCGAGAAAUGGAGGAAAAGAUGAAACGCGCUAAAAUAGCAAAGGAAAAAGCUGAGCGUGAAAAGAUGGAGCGCCUGCAGAAGAAGAAGCAGCUCAUUGAUAUGAAUAAAGAGGGCGAUGAGACAGGAGUAAUGGAUAGUCUGCUUGAAGCCUUACAGUCAGGCGCCGCAUUUAGGGACCGCAGAAAACGAACUCCGAAAGCCAGCGGUGCCGCUUCCCAGAAGAGAUAGAGUAACACCUUAUAUGGUGCACUGUGAGGAAUAUCCAAUCUAACUUGUUAUAUUUAAUAGAAAUCUGUUAUUCAUUAUUCUUGCUACUUUAUAAGCCAGGUGAAUUGAAUGCUUCAAUACAAUCUGCUCCAUCAGUAGACUUAUGAGACUCCCACAAAAUGGGCCACAGUGGCAAACCCGGGCCUACGACCAAGAAUUCAGCGGGGCGAGGAGUGAAUUAUGUUGAUAUUUCACUGAACAUAUUCUUAAUGUGUUUGUAAUUAAUAUAAUGCUGCUAUACUGUGCGAUUAGCAGGGCCCUGCCAUUAAUCACUAGACUGCAAUGUUUCCAUAGUUUUGCUGCAGGAUUUCUGCGCUGUGCGUCGUAUGCGUUCAUCAUUGUUAAGCGCUGUCGGUCCGGCUAAUGUAAAGUAUUUCCUCGGUGUUGGUGCUGCGAGGUUGUAUAAUGAAAGUACAGUCCAUCAUCCCUUCUUACAGGUAUUAUAAUGGUGUGUGUCUUAUCGUCAUGGAGAUGACACGUUAGUAUGAAACCAAAGCGCUAAAGAAUUCAUUACGGCUGUUUGGAUGCAAAGGGGGAGAUGUGUCAAAUUUUCUAAAGUGAUAAAGGGGAAGACGUUGCCUGUAGCAACCCAUCAUAUUCCAGCAAUCGGUUAUCUAAAGUAGUGUUGCCUUUAAAAUGACAGAAGCGGGCUGGUUUCUACUGGCAAAUUCUAGUCUUUUGCUACAUUUCCCCCAUAUAAAGGAUACCCACAAAUAUUGCAUUCAUACUUAAUAAUUUCCAAGUGAUUGAUAUAUUUUCCACCGCUGUCUGGUGAAUAAGUGCGUUUGCAGAAUAUGUCUGUACCUAUGUACUUGUGAGCUGGAGAUGUACUUGUGAGCUGGAGAUGUCCCCAACGCGUUUCAUGUGACUUUAUAAAGAGAAAAGCCUGACCUCUCAGACCCGUCCCCAGUCACUGCGGCAGAAUGUGACCACUCAGUGUUACUUCCUUUUACUUAGUUGCAGUUCCACGUUAUUUUAAAGGGGCAUUCAUGGCUAAACCUUACCUUGCAAAUGGUUGCCCCUUUAAGAUAAGUCCCACUUCAGCCUAAACUCGGAAUACAUUAUGUCCCGGUAUUAGUCUUAUUAUUAAUUGGUUGGUAUAAAUUAACGAAGGAAUAGGGCAAUAUUGCAUGGUAUUCAUAAAAUAAGUGUUACUCCAUCCCUUGUAUUGUAUAUAGAAUAAGAUCUGUAGACUAUAUUGGGUAUUUUACUUUUUAUGGAUAGAAAAGGACAUUAUGAAACAAAUAAGUUACUACUGUCUGUGACCAGUGGUUGUACUUUGGAGGAAACUAUAUUUAUUUCCACACCAGGACCGUAUUAUCCAUAAGGCUGACUAGGCUGAUGCUUAAGGCCAUAGUUGCCUACCCUCCCGCAUUCUGCAGGAGACUCCCUGAAAUAGCAGCGAUCUCCCUGAAUAGUCCAGCAAUCUCCCUGAUUGCACCCUAUCCACAUUAUGCAGCUGUUAAAUAUUUUUUGGGAAAAAAAAAGAAAUAUAUACAUUCAAACUGGAUCGUCAGCGCCAUUUACCUGCAUUGGUCAUAAGGCACAAUGAUCCCUAUGGCUACAUGCAUUUUAAAUAAGGUUUCUCGUGACAUAAGGUUUCUCGUGGCCACUUACAGUAUAUGGAAGCUCUUGUAAAACACAAUACACAAACGACGACAGCGUUCCAGUAGUGUACUAGCUCCAUUUCAAAGGAGAAAAGAACAGUAAGAAUGAUUGCACUGUGAGCUCAGCAGACUUAAUUUCAUCUAGGUAUCGGAGUCCGUGAGAUUACUGAAUGAUGUCAUAAACGCUGCUUCCCAAACGUCAGCUGUAGUGGGGUGGAAGUGUGAAGUGCCAAAAUACCUGAAAGCCUGAGGGCCCGGCCAUGCAGUGUAGAGCCACCUGGGCAGCUAUGUACUCCCACCGGCAGCAGCAGCCCUCGUGUGACAUCACGGGUUGGCGGUGGCACAGCAUGAGUUGGGGGUGGCACAGGAUGGGUUGGCGGUGACACAGCACAUCUUUGAAUUUUGCUCCACCGCUGAUAAACCUCUUACCGCUGUUAAUACCAAAGUCUCGUUUUGUCACUGUGUUUGUCCCAGCUGUAAUGUGCUGCCUGUUAUGCUG